AUGGCUGCUCACAAGGAAUACGCUCUCAUCUGCCUGGAGAACCCUCUCCUCGACAUCCAGGCUGUCGGCGACCAGGCUCUGCUGGACAAGUACAACCUCAAGGCCAACGACGCCAUCCUCGCCGAAGAGAAGCAGAUCCCCAUCUACGAGGACCUCCUCAACAACUUUGACGCAAAGCUCAUUGCCGGCGGCGCUGCGCAAAACACCGCCCGUGGCGCCCAGUACAUCCUGCCCCCCAACAGCGUCGUCUACUUCGGCGGUGUCGGCAACGACAAGUACGCUGCCAUCCUCAAGGAUGCCGUCAAGGCCGCCGGCCUGCGUGUCGAGUACCGUGUCGAUGAGGCUCACCCUACCGGCCGAUGCGGUGUUGUCAUCACUGGCCACAACCGCAGUCUCUGCACUGACCUCGGUGCUGCCAACCACUACGGCCUGGACCACCUGAAGAAGCCCGAGAUCUGGGCCCUGGUUGAGAACGCCGAAGUUUUCUACAUUGGCGGCUACCACUUCACCGUUUCCCCUCCCGCCAUCAUGGAGCUCGCCAAGGAGGCCGCCGAGAAGAACAAGGUCUUCGUCGUCUCUCUCUCUGCUCCUUUCAUCCCCCAGUUCUUCAAGGAGGUUGUCGACGCCAGCGCCCCCUACUGGGACUACGUCAUUGGCAACGAGGCCGAGGCUGCUGCUUAUGCUGAGGCCCACAACCUUCCUUCCAAGGAGCCCAAGGACGUUGUCAAGGUUCUGGCCAACCUGCCCAAGGAGAACACCAAGCGAAAGCGUGUUGCCAUCAUCACUCAGGGCACCGAGCCUACCCUGGUCGCCAUCCAGGGCGAGGAGGAGGUCAAGGUCUUCCCCGUCCGCCCCAUCGACCCCGCUCUCAUCAACGAUACCAACGGUGCCGGUGAUGCCUUUGCUGGUGGUCUGGUUGCUGGUAUUGUCCAGGGCGAGUCACUGGAGGCUUCCGUUGACAAGGGUCAGUGGCUGGCUAAGCUGAGCAUCCAGGAACUUGGUCCUUCUUACCCCUUCCCCAAGCAGGUCUACUCUGCAUCAUCGUAG